AUGGUGGCAGCUCCACCACUCUCCAAAGCUGAAUAUCUGAAGCGUUACUUGUCUGGGGCACAUGCUGCCAGGAAGGAAGAGUCCCUUCGGAAGAGGUACAAAAAAGGACAAAAGCCGGGAGGCACCACUGGCAAUGGAUUGCGGAUUAUUGAUGAUGAUGUGGGCUGGGCAGUUAUCUCUACUGCUAAGCCGGAAAAGGAGGAAGAAGAGGAUGGAGAUUUGCCUGUGGUGGCUGAGUUUGUGGAUGAGCAUCCAGAAGAGGUAAAGCAGAUGGAGGCCUUCUACUCCAGUGCCAAAUGGAAGCUCCGGGGAGACCACAGUGGAGAUGGAUAUUUCCAUCAUGAUGAACGAGAUCCAACUUCUCCUAGGAGGUCCCGUCAUGACACCCCAGAUCCAUCUCCUCCCAGGAGGUCCCGUCAUGACACCCCCGAUCCAAUUCCUUCCAGGAGGGCUUGUCGUGACACCCCAGAUCCAUCUCCUCCCAGGAUGGCCCAUCAUUAUACCCCAGAUCCCUUUCCCCCAAGGAGAUUCCGUCAUGACUCCGACACCUCUCCUCCUAAAAGGCUCUGCCAUGACUCACAUGCUUCUCUCCUCAGGAAGCCUUCAGGUGUAUCCCCUAGGAGAGGCUAUCCUGGUUCCUCGGGUGUCUCUCCCCCCAGAAGGGUCCAUAACCACUCUCCUGACACAGCCACACAUAGGAGGACUUUUGACACUUCAGACCCACAGCCUCUCAGGAGGGCCCGUCAUGACACCCCAGAUCCAUCUCCUCCCAGGAGGGCCCGUCAUGACUCCCCAGAUCCAUCUCCUCUCAGGAGGGCCCGUCAUUACUCCCCGGAUUUGGAGCUGCCCAGAACUAAGAGUAGUAAAGCUGCACCCUCCAGCAAGACUGUACUUCAGAGGGGGCUGGGACCCUCUCACUUGUCACUCUCCAAGGUCAGCAAGUGUGGGCAGGACUCUGAUGACCUUUCUCAGCGGAAAUGGCAGCGCUCCUCAGGUGUCUGCCAAAAAGCCUCUGAUUCAGAUCUUUGUCCUCCAUGGCAAACACAAACUCCAGGACACCAGGAUUCUGCCUCAGAUCUGUCACUGCCACGGAAGAGACAGAGGCGCCGGAGCUCUGACUCUGACCUCUCUCCACCCCGGAGAAGACAGAGGACCAAAUCUUCUGAUUCGGAUCUCUCUCCUCCUCGAAGGAGUCCCCAUCCCGGGAGGAAGACUGCACGCAUGUAUUCUGGAGCAAAAUCUGGGCUGGUGCCCGAUGUCCAGCGGGAGCAGCAGGAACGCCAAAAACAGGACCGAGACAACACAGCCCUUGGAGCUCAGUUUGAAUUCACUGAAACUGUAUUUCGAGACAAGUCUGGUCAGAAGAGGAAUUUGAAGCUGGAACGCCUGGAGCAGAGGAGAAAAGCAGAGAAGGACUCAGACAGAGAUGAGCUCUAUGCCCAGUGGGGCAAAGGGCUUGCUCAGAGCCGGCAACAGCAGCAGAAUGUAGAGGAUGCCAUGAAGGAGAUGCAGAAGCCUCUGGCCCGCUGUGUCGAUGAUGAAGAUCUGGAUCAGAUGCUGAGAGAACAAGAAAGAGUGGGGGACCUGAUGGCCGACUUCAUUAAGAAGAAUAAGGCUGAGGAGAACAAGCACAAGAAAGCGAGGCCUCGCUGUAAUAGUCCUGCACCUCCUCCCAAUAGAUUCAGUAUCUGGCCUGGCUACCACUGGGGUGGAGUGGACAGAUCCAAUGGCUUCGAACAGAAGCGCUUUGCCUGGCUCGCCAGCAAGAAGGCUGGGGAGGAGCUUGCCUACAAGUGGAGUGUGGAGGACAUGUAGCUUCUCCGAGGCUGUGCGGUGCUGUGGUGGUGGUGGUCCAGGACAGCCCGACAUCCAGCUCUAAUGCUUGUCUUGCUAGACACAGACCAGCAACUCGCGGUCAGUUCUGCCCUUUGGACUAGGCACCUACCCUU